GUCCCCCACCACCCCUUCACGACCGCACUCUCGCCCCUCGUCAUCCCCUUCCUCCCACUCAGCUCCCUCAUUCGAUAACCCAUACCAUGUCCAUGCAGGUCUUUGAGUUCCAGGCCGACGCCACGGUCAGCUUAGCUAGCCCUGCCGCCAUCAACCGCAAGAGCUGCGACCACUGCUUCCUCAACCGGAAGACAUGCGACAAAGUCCGCCAGGCCGCCAACUCUGGUGAGAAGUGCGAGAGGUGUGCCAAGGAAAACCGCCCUUGCACGUUCACGCCCACCGUCCAUCUGUACCACAUUGCAGACUGUGUCGGCCGACACCAGUGCCGUGCCAAGGUCAUCCAGGCCAUGGGUGGCCGCAAGAAGGAGAUUCAGUUCCAUAACAUCGAUAUUCCCAUUAUCUGCGAUAUGGACUCAGCGCAUGACCAGGCCCUCUUUGACUUUAUUCAAAAGCAGCCUAACAUGUUAGUUUACAACAACAGGAUCAAGUCCUUUCUUCUGCAGAUUAUGCUCGGUCUCUCCCCAGAUCAUGAUGACACCUUGCCCAUUCUCGACCAGUACGCUCAAGACUUCUCAAACUAUGUAAGAACAAGUUUUGACUAGUCUUGAGGGUCGAUAUGAGUUGCAAUGUGCCUCACCCAUGUUUGAACACACACGAUUUACAUUCAUUAAACGUGAUGACUGCUUGAACUUCUGUCU